UCAGCACAGAUCGAUCGAAAGAGUGGGCAGGUUCAGUCUUCUUUUGCGAGUAAUAAAAAGACCACUCGUAUAAAUACAUAUCAGCAUACCCUCUAUCGUAUCAGUUCUUCAAUCCGAAUGAUUUACAAGCCCGGCUAAUCAUGAGGUACUCUCUCAUAAACGUUUUUGUUUGUCUACCGAUAAUCAGUUCGACGGUUUCGGCGCAAUUAUUCGUAGCGCACAUUCCAGCGGGAUACUUUGCUCGGUCCAACCUGAGCGACUGCCAUCAGCGAUUCCACAAUCGAACGCUCAUGGACCAGUGUUUGGUAUUUGGAGGAGUUCGCGCGAAUGUGACAGAGUUCCCGCAUAUGGCCGUUAUCGGUUGGGCAACAAGUGGAACGCAUAUCGCUUGGAAGUGUGGUGGGUCAUUGAUAACGACGCGGUUUGUUGUUACCGCGGCGCACUGUGCAGUGGACGAGGACAACAACGCUCCUAGCGUGGUGCGAGUCGGAGAUGUAAAUUUGGCGUCCGAUGAAGAUGAUAAAUAUGCACAGCAAGUAUCCAUCGCACGAUUUAUAAGACAUCCACAGCAUCGGUUCAGCAGCAAGUAUGAUGAUAUUGCGUUGAUCGAAUUGGAUCAAGAGGUGAACUUAACAUUGGGAGUUUGCCCAGCUUGUGUGUGGCAUAAUUCUCAUCUGCCAUACGAUAAUUUUGAUGUGGCAGGGUUUGGAGCUACUGGAUACGCCGAAAAAGGUAGCCCUUACUUACUUAAAGCAUAUCUGAAAAUGGAAACUACGGAAAAAUGCACCGAAGAAUUUGCGGCAACUCGAGGUCUACCAAAUGGAAUAACCGAGAAACAGCUGUGUGCUUCCAAUACCAAAAUGGAUACUUGUCAGGGAGAUUCAGGAGGACCACUGCAGAUUACUCUAAAUUCUUAUAACAGACAAAUUCCGACAUUAAUUGGAGUGACUUCCUUUGGUAGAAGCUGUGGUUUCGGUUCAUUUGGCGUGUAUCAAAAAAUCCAUCCUCACAUCAUGUGGAUAGAAUCAAUUGUUGGUGAAUCGUUAGACCUAUUAGAAUGCGCGAAAAAGUACGAGCAAUUCAGAGUAGAUCACCAACUGGAACCGGAGUGUAAAAUAGCUGGUCCUUUCGUUAAUAGGGUGGAGCUUCAUUGGGAACAUGGACAACACAACCCACAGUGUGCCGGGACUCUAAUCGAUUACAACACCGUUAUCACAUCAGCCAGCUGUACCACGAAUUCUGCUGGGAACGAGCCUCACUAUAUAUCCAUAUUGGGUUAUACAGUUCCCAUCUCCGAGAUUAAUCGUUUUCCAGAUUACACACCGGGAGUGCUGAAGCACAAUAUUGCUCUUAUAAGACUCAAAUUCUACUUAAAACCAAAUUUAAAAGUUGCUCCCGCUUGUCCAAUAUCAGGAUUUGACGGAGGUGGUAUUGGAUCGUUGAAAAUAGCACGUAACGAUUCCAUCAGCAAUAAGGAACCACUGUUUCUGCCAAUUCGCCAAAAAUGUGAUGACAAAUCGUUCUCCAGUCUACAUUUAGCGGAUGAUACUUCGGGCAACGAUAUGGACUGCUACAUCUCAAACUAUCGUCUAAUUCCAGGACUUUGCAACAUCGACGAGGGAGGACCAUUCCUGAAUCACGGUCACUCCUCGCUUCAAGGAAUCAACAUUUUACCAGGGGACUGUGGUUCUCAGAAUCCAUUGGUUGUGCUUAAAUUAGAUUCCUACAUCCCAUGGAUAGAAUCAUUCGUGCUUGACCGAUCGGUUACUCCAGAGCCACCAAUUUCAUUCCCAGAAGACAACUCCACGCUGUUUUUCAAACCAUGCCACACCCGAGAUGGUACGGAAGGUGUCUGCCUUAGUCAUUGGGGUUGCGGUGCGGAAAUUGUAAAACAAAAACAUAAUGGAACAGGAGUGACUAUGUGUGGAUUCGAAGGUGAUGUGGGGUAUAUAUGCUGCCCGCAAGGAAGCAUAGGCACUGUACCUUUACUGAUAUCACGGCCUAUUGAAUUACCUUUGAUUGAAAUAGAUACAAUAAAUCCGCUAGAGCCCUGAGAAAUGGUUUGAAAAUUAGUCAUAGGAUCAACACUUAAGAUGGAUGCACAGUAGACCACUUCAUGUUUUGAAAAGCAUAAAAAAUUCAACCGGUAAGCCCGGAAUCAUAAUUCUUAUGCUAAAAUGAGCCUUUUGUCAAAAUUUUAGCAAAUUCGGAUGA